UAUGUUUCAUAGUUAUUAAACACCAAAGUAAACUUAUAAGCAACAACCACAAAAAAUAUACUAGCAGAUUCACUAAAAGACUCUUCCUUGUAAAUCUUUGUCACCUCCUUAAUUUGGUCAUCAAAAAAACGGAAUAAUUGAAUCAGACGAAUAAAAUCCAUCCACUCCUCAAAAGAUGAAUUUAUCUAAAGGACUUAAAUUACUUAAUGUACCUUCAUUAGGAAAUGAGAAUAGUUUUAGAGGAAGCAAUUAAAAGAAUCUAUUAGUCUCUGAUAGUCCAUUGGUGUCAAAUAAUAAAGAGAAUGGGGCAUCAAGUAGAAGAUUAUAAACUGACUCUAUAUCUAUGGAUUUGAACUCUCAAGUGGUCAUAUAAGAGAAUAGGAAAUUAAAUGAAAUGAUUCAAAGAUUAUUCAAGGAGAAAUAAGAAUUAGUUACAAUAAUAGAUAAAUAAAAGAAUAUCUAAUGUAUAAUGAAUAAUUAAGGAGGAGACAAUUUGAAUUUGAAUAAUUUAAAGGAGAGAAUAGAGAGAUUAGAAGGAGUAAUUGAUUUAUAGAGUGAAGAAAUACUAUAAUGGAAACAGAAAUAUAAAUAAGCAUGUGAAUAAGAUGAGAGAGCAUAUGCAAUAGAAUAAAUGGUAUUUAUAUUAUUUUAUUAAUUAGGAAUCAUAGAUUAUGAAAGUUGUAGAGGAGAAUGAGAGAUUAAAUAAUUUAGGGAAUGAAAAAGAUAAGUAAAUAUAAGAUUUAAACAAUGAAAUAAUAAUAUUGCAGAAAAGAUUGUUUGAAUAAGAAUAAAAAAUGAAGGAUUAAUCAAAUUUAAUUAUCGCUUAUGAAGAAGAUACAAAAGAACUGAAGAGACAAUAUAAAUAGAAAUUAAAUUUGAUUGAGAAACUAGAGUAAUAGUAAUAAUUACAAUAAAUACAUUAAUUACAGUAAAUAUAGAAUUAUAGUGAAAUAUCUUCACAUUCUUCAUUUCAUGAAAAUAGGGAUCACUCUUAAAUUAUUUUGGAAUAGAUUCAGUUUUUAGAACAAACGUUAUCUGAAUUAUCUACACAAUACACUUCAUAAACAUUAGAAAAUUAGCGGUUGUUGAGACAAAAUAAUAAUUUAAAAGAGGAACUAAUAUUGCAGUAAAAAGCUUUGGAUGAAAUACGUAAUUGUAAUAAAGGAACAGUUAAUCCUAAAUUUCAAGAUGCUAAUAAGAGUUUAAAGUUAAUAAGAGACAAGAUUGCUAAGUCAUAAUAGAAAUGA